AUGAAGAUGAAGAUAGACACAGAUCAUGUAACUGAAAGUAGAAAAAAAGUGAAAAACCCCAAACGACACGCUGCACGCUCCUAUUGUGUCUUUUUCCCUUUUCUUCCCCAAUCCGAAAUUAUCAUCAUUUUUGGUUUUAUACAUAAUCAAUCCGGUGAGAUACAGUUUCUCUUCUUAUAUACUAUAUACCAAUUCUCACCGACACUUUACAUACCAAUCUUCUCAUCAUCAUGUCCCGCUUUACCUUCCUCCUCCUCCUCCUCAUCGCCACCCUUAUCCCCCUCUUCUCCGCUGAUGAUCAUGACGACAUCACCGGAUUUGAUUUUCUCCGAUUACCCUCCCAAGCUUCCGAUGACGAUAAAAAUCAAGGCACCAGGUGGGCCAUCUUAAUUGCUGGUUCCAAUGGCUACUGGAAUUAUAGACAUCAGUCUGAUGUUUGUCACGCAUAUCAAGUGCUAAGGAAAGGUGGUCUGAAAGAGGAGAACAUUGUUGUUUUUAUGUAUGAUGACAUUGCUUUCAACGAAGAGAAUCCACGCCCUGGAGUUAUCAUUAACAGUCCACAUGGAAAUAAUGUUUACAAGGGAGUCCCUAAGGAUUAUACUGGUGAAGAUGUUACUGUUAACAACUUCUUUGCUGCUUUACUUGGAAAUAAGUCGGCUCUUACAGGUGGCAGUGGGAAGGUUGUGGACAGUGGCCCCAAUGAUCAUAUAUUUGUAUACUACAGUGAUCAUGGGGGUCCUGGAGUGCUUGGGAUGCCUACUAGUCCGUACAUGUACGCAUCUGAUCUAAUUGAAGUCUUGAAAAAGAAGCAUGCUGCUGGAACUUAUAAAAGCCUAGUAUUUUAUCUAGAAGCAUGCGAAUCUGGGAGUAUCUUUGAGGGUCUUCUUCCUGAAGGUCUAAAUAUCUAUGCAACUACUGCUGCAAAUGCAGAAGAAAGCAGUUGGGGAACAUAUUGUCCUGGCGAGAAUCCUAGUCCUCCCCCAGAAUAUGAAACCUGCUUGGCGGACCUAUACAGUGUUGCUUGGAUGGAAGACAGUGACAUACACAAUUUGCAAACAGAAACUCUGCACCAGCAAUAUGAAUUGGUCAAAGAAAGGACUGCAAACGGAAAUUCAAUCUAUGGCUCCCACGUGAUGCAAUAUGGUGACAUUGGGCUUAGCAAGGAUAGUCUGUUCCUAUAUUUGGGAUCAAAUCCUGCUAAUGAAAAUUUCACUUUUAUGGGUAGGAACUCAUUAGUGCCACCUUCAAAAGCGGUCAACCAGCGUGAUGCAGAUCUCAUCCAUUUCUGGGAUAAGUUCCGCAAAGCUCCUCAGGGUUCUCCUAGGAAAGUUGAAGCUCAGAAGCAAGUUCUGGAAGCCAUGUCUCACAGAAUGCAUAUAGACGACAGCGUAAAACUUGUUGGAAAACUCCUAUUUGGCAUGAAAAAGGGUCCAGAGGUGCUCACCAGUGUUAGACCAGCUGGGCAACCACUUGUUGAUGACUGGGACUGCCUCAAAACACUGGUUAGGACUUUCGAGACAUAUUGUGGCUCUCUCUCUCAGUAUGGGAUGAAACACAUGAGGUCCUUUGCAAAUUUCUGCAAUGCAGGAAUACACAAAGAGCAAAUGGCCGAGGCCUCUGCACAAGCAUGCACCAAUGUUCCAGCAAAUCCCUGGAGCUCUCUGCGCAGUGGUUUUAGCGCAUAAUUCUGCGUUCCAUAUUGAUGAUUAUGCUUUAUAAUUGUUAUAUAUGUAAUGUAAUGUAUAAUAUAAUGUACAUGGUCAUGAUUGUACAUGGUCAUGAUUUGUUGCACACCUCUGUAAAUACAAAUGGGAUGCUUGAGGGACCUUGUGAUUAUGUGAAUUAAAACAGAUGCUGUAACUUUUGCAUUUUUACUGAAAGAUGGAUUUAUUGCACCAUAA